CUCUGUGAUUUUCUGCAGCAAAGGACUCCGAUGCUUUUGAAGCAAAUUUCUCAGUGGAUAUCAGAGGGAUUCAUGCUCAAAUUUUUCAGGUAAUAAUAAAUGGAAUUUUUUAGAGAACUUAGUGAACUUCGAGGUAACCAAGGUAGGGAAAAGGAAGUGGGUGUUAUGUCCGUAGAGCCUAUCGCCAUGAUAGUGCCGCCGGAACUGCAAGACUUGCCGAAAACCUUUACGCCGGAGAGCAGUGCCAGUUCAAGUGCACGUGAGGGCUCUGGUGGUCACCAUUCUUCGUUGUCUGAAGGGUCAUCAUUAGAAAGGACUUCGAGUGUUGGAGAAGGUGUGGGGGAGGGCAUAAGUAGCCCCUUGCCAAAAAAUGUGGACGUUGAUGUGAAUGUACCGGUGGUUAUAGGUUGGGAAGGCAAGACCAUAAGUGAUAGACUAAGCAACCUUCGCAAGGCACCACAGACUUUGGCUGUUGGAUUUAGGUUCAGGGCGAACCUUCACCAUGAGGUAGUAGAUAAUGCCACCUCCAUAAAAGGAUAUAAAAAACUGGAGGAAAUAGUGAGGCAGUAUCACAUCCCCAAGACAAUUUUGAUCCGAAUUAGCACCAGAAACGAAAGGGCCUGCACAAUGUCGCAGACAGGGUGGAUACCUGUGAUUUAUGUUGUUGUGUGCGAGGCUAGAGAUACCUGCAAAAGCAGUUGUGUUCAUAUUGCUCUUCUUGUGCCGGUUAAGUACCACUCGAAUGAGGUGGCGUUAAGCUAUACGGUUGCCUUGUUUGAGAUCGAGCAGGGAGCUUGCGGGCAAAACCGCGAGCUAAAUGACACUUGUAAGCACUUGACAUCUGACAAGGCAGGCUUGCAAGGUGAGGUCAAUCGCUUACAAAGCUUAGAGAUGGCCAACAGGGCUGCAUCAACUGAGAGCCAAGCUGAUAAGUUAGCCAACAAGGAUGAGGCUGCUCGUGCUGUAGAUCACGCUAAAAGGGCAGAGGCUGCCAAGGACAACGCUCUGAAUGAGCUCAACGCUCUCAGACAACGGGUAGUAAUGGCUGAUCAAGAUCUUGCCCGCGCUGAGGAAGGGCUGAGGAAAGCCAAAACUUCACACCAGCGUGAGCUAGCAUUUUUUGAGGGUGAAGAGUUUGACGAGGAGGGUAAGAGCCUUGCUUCCCCCACUGAUACUACUAUGCGGCUUAGGUGGGAGUUAAACGAAGAUGGAGUAGGGGAUGCACCUAAGGAGGAAGCUGAACCCUCUAGCACUCCACCCGCACCUCAGCCUGUCACAACUGCUACUGUUCCUUCUCCAGCUCGUGCUGACACAUCUGUUCCUGUUGAUUUAAUGGAUGAUUAGGAUUUAGGCUUUAUCUUUUUCUUUUGAAUUUUUGGUGUUAAUAUUUCCAUGUCUAGGACAAAUUUUUGUAUUUGCUUUUGUAACACAUGUAACAACUUACAAGAAAUACAACUAGACAAUUUUUUGGGAAAUUUUGUGUAUUAUUUACGUUGUUUUCAUACAUUUUUCAUUCUCUUAGCAUGUCGAGUAAUAAUACAAAUUAACUGUA